AUCAGUGUCCGUUACUAUGAACACACGUUAGGCGUUUACUGCUGCUAGGCCAGCCGAGUUCGUGGGGGUUUAGCAAUUCAGGAUUUACAAUUAGAUGGAUUCUUCUAUUGGAAAGUCCUCUAGUGUUGAUAUUUUCUCGGUGUGAAUUUUCAGCGAGUUUUUCAUUUAUGGGAAUUGGAAAGUGUACCUCAAAACGUGUCUCUAAUCUGUUCUCUGAUAGAUUUUAAGACUUCUAUUGUAACAUGAGUGAUUACGAUUGGGUGCACAUUUUACACCCUUUUAAGUGCAAACUAAAGUAGACCUUAUAAGAAGUUAAUGAAGGAAAAGUUGUGUUUACAAGAAGCUAUGUCCGUUUAGAUACAGCUUUCAAAUAUCGAUAUGGAAAUGGGCCACUCGAUGCUGUAUAUCUUGUUAUCUGGAAUUCUCAUGAUUACGACUGUGUUUGGGAGAACUUCACAAAACAGUGGACCUAACAGUAUACCAUCUGUAUUGUACAUGCCCCCAUACGUAGUUCGAGACAAUCAGUUGGACCUAGACGCACACGGCAAGGACAUCACAAACCACACCAACAACAUUUCCUAUAUUCCCAAUCCUCCUCACUUUAUGUUCUACGUCAUCUUCUGUGUCAACUGCUUCACCUUCACUCUGGGACUGGUCGGCAACUCGCUACUGUUACUCGUCUACGGUCGAAACAAAGCUCUCCGCACCAACACAAACACGUACAUCCUCAGCAUAGCCGUCACCGAUCUCCUGGUGACCUUGACCUGCGCCUCGGUCCCCAUCCUGACCGACCUCGCGGGGACUUGGCCUUUCGGGGAGACCACGUGCAAACUCUCCCAGACCGUCAUGGAGUUCUCGACUUAUGCCACGGUUCUGACCCUGACUGCCCUCAGUAUGGAAAGGUACUACGCUGUAGUACACCCCAUAGAGAGCCACUUCUCCACCAAAAGUAUGACAAUAAUAGUAAAUAUCACCAUUUGGAUAGUGUCUUGUCUGUGUUCUAUACCAAAAUUCAUGAAUUCUGGAAUACGAAGACACCGUAUAGACGGUAUUCAAGGGCAUACCGAGAGAUCGUAUUGUGUCAUCAACCAAGACAAAACUGACAUAGCGAAAUAUUUAUCUCUGUUCGACUUCCUCGUGUUUUACACCAUCCCCCUGUGUGUGAUCUGCGUGCUGUACGCGUGUGUUUCCCGUCACUUGAUGCAGACUACGGACCAUGCGGCCAAGUCCGGCCGGAUGUCCGUCGGUCAGAUUAGGAUGGCCAGGAUGAGAUACAAGGUGGCUAAAAUGGUAAUUGUACUUUCGGCCAUUUUCUUCGUGGGGUUCAUGCCUCACAAUAUACUCAUUCUCAGACUUUUCUUCUUGGAAGUGGCCGACACGUACUGGAACAGCGCGGCGUCCUACGCUUACUGCUACGGUUGUCUCCAUUUCUGGAUGAACCCGAUCGCCCUCUACGUCUGCUGUGAGACGAUAAGGAAACAUUUCAACCAACAUUUGUGCUGUGGGUUUUGUCCGAAGAAAAGGAACAAAACUGCUCCUGAGUUACCAGUUCAGGAUUUGAACAGGAGGGCCUCCUCGUAGGCACCACAUCUUUAUAUGGCUAGAGUGAUGUUUGCAUGAUUUUAUAUGUAUAUACAUUGUUUUAGUAUGAAACUUAAUUAACUUAUGUAUAAACGUUAUAUUGUGAUUUUAAUCUAAGUUACAUUAAAAUUCCAU